CGGAGAUGAAGGAAACAGACCACGUGGAGCAGGAAGAACUUUGAAACCGGACCACGCCGCAGUCCAUUAUAGGCCAGGCGUUUUCAGUUGGCUGUUUUAGGUGGCGUGGCUCAAUCCUUCCACCGCGACCAACAGCAGUCCUAUAUCCUCUUCAUUUUUUUCUUGCAUUUACCAUCCAGUUACCUUUCUCUCGAUUUGCGCUAAUAAAGGUCCCAAAGGGACGAGCACCUCUGGAAAGAUGAUGACCCCGAUGCGUUACAUCUUGCUUGUCUUGGGUGUUAUUAUCUCAAUUCACUACAUUCUGAGCUUUACGCAUGAAGAGUACGGAAAGGCGACAUCCAUCUCAAAUAUAGCAGAGCAAUGGACUGGUCCGAAGUCAAACCCUCCCUACAAAACACCCCUGCCCGACGAGUACUACAAGCCUGAUUCACCCAUGCACUUACAAGACCGCAAAGCGAACGCCUCAUUCGUCAUGCUUGUACGGAACUCCGACCUUUCAGGAAUCAUGAGCAGUAUGAAGCAAAUCGAGGAUAGGUUCAACAGGAAAUUCCAGUAUCCUUAUGUGUUCCUUAACGACGAGCCCUUUACGCAGAACUUUAAGGACCACAUACAGGCCUUAACCAAUACUACAGUCGAAUUCGGUGUCAUCCCGUCCGACCAUUGGCAUCAACCAUCUUGGGUUGAUGAAGAUCGAGCCAGCAAAUCUCGCGACGACAUGGUUAGGAAUAAUGUGAUUUAUGGAGGCAGCGUUCCAUACCGGAAUAUGUGUCGUUUUAACUCUGGUUUCUUCUAUCGACAUGAGCUCCUACAGAAAUACCGAUACUAUUGGAGAGUCGAGCCAGACAUCAAGCUCUUCUGCGACGUGGAUUAUGAUCCCUUUCUCGUGAUGCAAGACCAAAAUAAGGUGUAUGGCUUCACCAUAUCACUAUACGAAUACCAAGCUACUAUCCCAACACUAUGGAACGUUGUAAAGUCUUUUAUUAAUGCUAAUCCUGAUUUCGUGGCUCCCGGAAAUGCGAUGGAAUUUCUAUCUGAUGAUGGAGGAGAGUCCUACAAUCUGUGCCACUUCUGGAGCAACUUUGAGAUCGCAGAUCUUGAUUUCUGGCGAGACGAGGCAUAUUCCAAAUUCUUCGAAUACCUUGAUGAGCAGGGUGGAUUCUACUAUGAGCGUUGGGGAGAUGCACCAGUUCAUAGCAUCGGAGCUGCACUGUUCGCAAAGAAGGAACAAAUCCACUUCUUCAAUGACAUCGGGUAUCGACACGAACCCUUCCAGCAUUGUCCACAGGGAGAUGUACACGCAAAAGGAAAGUGUUGGUGCGACCCUGGUCAGAAUUUCGACUACGAGUGGUAUUCAUGCCUGAACCGGUACGAUAAGAUGUUCUCGUAGACCGAAACAUCGGUGUUGUCAUAGCGCAUGUUCUUAGCAGUGGGCGAUGUGUUCCUAUGUCACUAGAUACCGCACUCCACGAUCUGUCUACCUCCGAGAGGCGUAUUCACGAUGGACCGUAUUGCACCUAGUCAGUGAUGUUGUUUUGACCCACAGAAUAGAUUGGGAAUAUAUUGGUACUGCGAUUGCAAUGCAUCGACAUGGCCCAGUAAACAAA